AUGGAACUUCACGUCUGCGAAUGUCCAGAGAAUGAGUUCCCUGAACCUUUCAAAAGACCGUAUAACAUCGCAGGUCUUCCUUCAGAUAAUCUGAUUUGUCAAGAGGGGAAACCCCAAGCUGCUGUGGACCGUACUAUAGAUAACAUAGCGUUCAGAGGUUGGGUGGAGACUAAUAAUCCAUGGACGCAUGAGGAUGACACAGAUAACGGUGAGAUGACUUAUGUAAAUCUUCAGCUAAACCCUGAGAGGUUUACUGGUUACACUGGACCUUCUGCUAGAAGGAUUUGGGACUCUAUAUACUCAGAGAACUGCCCAAAAUGUGAAUUUCUCCUUCUCUAUUCGUUUUUGUUGCAUCUGGAUGUGUCUUAAAUCUUAAAGAUCCUAAAAAUACUAAAAAUCCUAAA